AUGUCUGGAAAGUUCCUCAUUACCGGUGGCUACGUUGCUUCCUUGGAUGACUCCCUGGGAGACUUUGCCAGCGGCGCCGUGCUCGUCGAGGACGGCGUUAUUAAAGCUGUUGGCAGAGCGGAGAAUAUCUCUGCCCCUGACGCCGAAGUUAUCGAUGCCUCUGAAGGCGUCAUUGUUCCCGGCAUGAUUGACACCCAUCGGCAUGUUUCUAUGAGCUUGACACGAGGUAUCGGGGUGGACCAACAUCUUUGGCACUUCCUCUCCAACACUUACCUCCGUUGGCUGCCAUCAACUAGUGUCGAGGAUAUGCGCACGUCUGCCCUCGUCGGUGCGCUAGAAGCAUUAGACAGUGGAGUGACGACCAUCAUGGACACCUGUGAGUCGUUCCACUCAGCCGAGCAUGCGGACGCCGAGUUGCAGGGCUUGAAGGAUUCUGGUAUCCGGGCCUUCUUCUGCUAUGGAAUGAGCGCGGAUCAAUAUGGCGACAUCCCUGAAGGAAGACCGGGGUGGGAAGCGCGAAUGUCGCAUGUCAAGCAGAUGGUCCUUGAUGAGCGAAACGAACAGCGCGACGUCCUCGUGCGGAUCGCUCUCCAACUCAGUCAGUCUGGGACAACCCCGUUCUCGUGGAUGGGAGAUGAGCUGGCCCUGGCUAAGGAAUAUGGGUUACUCUGCUGCUCGCACUCGACUGCAUUCCCCAACUCCAACUUGACCAACGAUGUUGAGACCCGGGCAGACUUUGGUUUCAUGCACCCUGGACAUGUAUACAUUCACAGCACCAACCUCACCGAUCACGAGAUGGGCCUCAUUGCCAAGAGUGGAGGCAAGAUUGCACUCUCGACUGACACGGAUGUACAAAUGGGCAUGGGCUACCCUCCCCUCCGCCUGGCUCUCCAGCACGGCCUGCGACCAUCCCUUAGCAUCGACACAUCGAGCUUCUCCCCGCCAGACUUGUUGUCGCAAAUUCGCUUGCAGCUGCAGGUGCAGCGUGGACUAGACCACGAAGCCGAACACAGAGCCCGCCGACCAGCCAUGAAGAUGGAUUUCACUGCCAAAGAUGGGCUGAUCUGGGCCACGCGGAACGGCGCAGAAGCAGUUGGGUUGGAGGAUAAGAUUGGUACCCUGACACCUGGGAAACGGGCUGACAUUGUCAUUCUGACCAACAAGCGUUCCCUUAGCGGAUCGGCCAACCCCUUCGGGACUGCUGUCAUGCACUCUACUCCGGCGGAUGUAGAUUUCGUCAUGGUGGACGGCAAGAUCAUGAAGCGUGACGGGCAGCUCGUCAACGUCGACGUCCCCGCCAUACGCAAGAAGGCCCGGGAAGGGCUCCAGCGAAUCCUAGAGAACUUGAAGACGGCUCGACCAGAGCUGACCCAGGAUGAGAUUGAAAAUUUCUUUCGCAUGGGAGAAAAGUCCCACCGCGCCAACGUGGCGGAAGCAUAUGCACAUGGAGCAGAGGUAGGGGACUACCUUAGGAACUAG